GGGGCGGCGUGCGAGGCGCGCAGGGCCGGGAGGCAGGAGCGCGCGCCGGUGGUGCACGUGGAAGGGCCGGGGGCGCGGAACAUGGGCUUAGCGGCUCGCCUCCCGGCGGUGGGACUUGGGGAUGCGCCUGCGCGAUUGCACGGCGGCGGAGGGAGCCGCGAUGGAGGGUAGUCUGGCUGUUCGCCAGAUAAAAAGUGAAGGGGAUUCAAGCCUUGCCACUGAGUUACAGGACGAGUUAGAGGAAAAUUCAAGUCCAGUUGUGGAUGAGAAUAAUAUAGUAUCAGCUAAAAAGCAGGGACCAAUUUCACAUAACUGGAGUGGUGACUGGAGCUUUUGGCUUUCAAGUUCCACCUAUAAAGACAAGAAUGAGGAAUACAAAAGACAGUUCAGACACAUACCUGAUACAGAGAAGCUGAUAGCAGAUUAUGCUUGUGCUCUACAGAAGGACAUUUUGCUUCAGGGACGACUUUACCUUUCAGAAAACUGGCUUUGUUUCCAUAGCAACAUCUUCAGAUGGGAAACUACAAUUUCUAUUGCUUUGAAAGACAUAACCUUCAUGACCAAAGAGAAAACCGCUCGACUCAUCCCAAAUGCUAUCCAGAUUGUCACAGACGGUGAGAAGUUUUUCUUUACAUCUUUUGGUGCUAGGGAUAGAAGCUACCUCAGUAUCUUUAGGUUGUGGCAGAACGUGUUAUUAGACAAGAGCUUGACCAAACUGGAAUUCUGGCAGCUGAUCCAGCAGAAUUAUGGCACUGAGCUAGGUUUGAAUGCUGAAGAGAUGGAAAACUUGUCACUGUCAAUUGAGGAUAAUGUGCAGCCAAGAAGUCCAGGAAGAAGAAGCUUGGAUGACUCUGGAGAGAGAGAUGAAAAAUUAUCCAAAUCAAUUAGUUUUACCCGUGAAUCAGCUAGUCAAGUUUCAGAGACAGAAUCGUUCAAUGAAAAUACACCAAAAGGGGGAUUAGGGAAAGAGGACCCCCAAAGUGAGGAGCAGAUCAAGAAGAGUUCUUUACUAAUUUCAGAGAAGAGGUUAAGUAGAGUGCCAUCAAAAUCGCUGGAUUUAAAUAAGAAUGAAUAUCUUUCUUUGGACAAAAGCAGCACUUCAGAUUCUGUUGAUGAAGAAAAUAUACCUGAGAAAGAUCUUCAUGGACGACUUUAUAUCAACCGGGUUUUUCAUAUCAGUGCUGAGAGAAUGUUUGAAUUGCUCUUCACCAGUUCACGUUUUAUGCAGAGAUUUGCCAAUUCUAGAAAUAUAAUAGAUGUAGUAUCUACUCCCUGGAAUGUAGAAGCUGGAGGUGAUCAGCUGAGAACCAUGACUUACACUGUUAUCCUUAAUAAUCCACUUACUGGAAAAUGCACUGCUGCCACGGAAAAGCAGACACUGUAUAAAGAAAGUCGAGAAGCACAAUUUUAUUUGGUAGAUUCAGAAGUAUUGACACAUGAUGUCCCCUACCAUGAUUACUUCUAUACUCUGAACAGAUACUGUAUCAUCCGAUCUUCAAAACAGAAAUGCAGGCUAAGAGUUUCCACAGAUUUGAAAUAUAGAAAACAGCCAUGGGGAAUUGUCAAAUCUUUAAUUGAGAAGAAUUCCUGGAGUUCAUUAGAGGACUAUUUCAAACAGCUUGAAUCAGAUUUAUUAAUGGAAGAAUCUGUGUUAAACCAGUCCAUUGAAGACCCUGGAAAACUUAGUGGCCUACGAAGGAGAAGGCGAACAUUCAACCGAACAGCAGAAAUAGUUCCUAAACUGUCUUCUCAGAGAGUUUCUGGAGAUGUGGGCUUAGAUGCCAAAGGGGAUAUUACAGGAAAGAAAAAGGAAAUGGAAAACUAUAACACCACUCUUAUUGUGGUGAUGAGUGUUUUUUUGCUGUUGCUAGUUUUAUUGAAUGUGACACUGUUUCUGAAGCUGUCAAAGAUAGAAUAUGCUGCUCAGUCAUUUUACCGUCUCCAUCUCCAAGAAGAGAAAUCUCUAAAUUUAGCCAAAGAUAUGCUGUCAAGAGCAAAAAAUACUCAAAAAAACAAAGAUCAAGCCCUUCGUCUAAAGGGAGUGCUCCGAGACUCCAUAGUGAUGCUUGAACAGUUGAAGAGCUCACUCAUUAUGCUUCAGAGAACGUUUGAUCUACUGAAUAAGAACAAGACUGGCAUGGAUGUCAAAAGCCAGUGACCUUAAGGACUGAAACUAUGGACACAUGGAACGAAAAGAAAGCAUCAGGAAGAAAAAAACAAAGGAUGAAGGAUUUUAAUUGUCAUAGGAAUAUUUCCAUGUUUUUGCAUUAUUGGUACUUCUAUUAUGAACAUUCUUUUCAAUAACAUUUAUUUGAUAAUUAGUCCUCUAUGACCUUAAGAAUCCAUCCUUUCACUUCUUAUACAUAACACUAAGCUGUGAAUUUCUCUAGUGAACCCUGAAAUAUAUUGUGGAAUUGAAUUUCUGUGAUAUAAAAAGAAAAUGAGGCACUCUGAAUUGAGCGCUACGGCCUCAUUUCUACAACAGUGAGGUAUGAGGUUUGAUGCUUUAAGUUUAUCUCUUAGCACAGAAUCUGUACUUAGAUCCAUUCAAGAGGCUACUAAAGAGAAUAAAAGAGACCUUUAAAUCAUUACUAAUUUUAAAGGUUCGGUUUUUAGACAUAACAUUUCUAGAUUUGUGUACUAUAAAUACUAAAUGUCUUCAUUUAUUUAGUAUGCAAAUUCAUACAUGUAAAUCUCACAUUGAUGAUUAUUAUCUGAAAGAUUCUUCAGCCAUCUUGUACAUUUUGUGAAACAAAUUGUUGCUUUUUCUUAAGGGAGCUAUGAGAGGUGAGAUUGUCUUGUGUCUUUAUACAUCAAAUGGCAAAAGAGACAAUUUAGAAAAAAGGAAACGUGUAUGAUACCAGCACUCAAAAUGAAAAACCAUACUCUGAGUUUUAAAAACCAGAAGAUUAUGUUAAAAUCUGGGCAUUUAGUGACACAUAAUGAAUACUUGAACUAAGCUUGGCUUCAGCUUAGCAGUCUUUCAUGGUGAAGUGAGCCAUAUGGUCAAAAAUAAUUUGCGCAUUACUUUUCAGUAGCCGAGUAUGGCUUCAUUCUUUAUAUGUGUGUGUGGCUUAUUUCAGUUGAUAUUAUAAGCCAGACACAAACUUAACUCUUUAAUAAAAACUUUUGGGGACAUACAUGUCCCAAUACAAGUGUACUGACUUUGAAGUUGUAAGGCAAACACAGGCUUAGAUGCUUUCAUAAAAAGUUUUUAGGCCUAUAUGUCUUAAUACAAGUGGUUCAUGAAAAUUAGGAUUUUGUGAACUGAUUUUGAUCCAGAUUUAUUUUUCAGGAAUUAGGGAAAGUUCUGUAAGAUUUUUAUUGUUUUGUCCUCUUAAGAUCUGUCUCUGGAACAAAAGAAAGACAGUGUACAAUAACUGGUAUAUAUUUUACUGUUUGAACAACUGUUGUCUUUAGUUACAUGUUUCCUUUUUUCCAUAGUCACCAAAGCUACAUGGGAUUGGUCAAGUCCUUUUUGAGAUGCCUGUUAACAAUGGAAGUAUUGACUGGUAAAUCCCAACUGCCCAGCUGGGGGUCACCAACCUGGGGGCUCUUUUGUAAGGAUUUACUAAGUGUACGGUUAUGAGAGAGUGACUGUGGAUUUUAAACUUGAAACCUCUUCUCUAUUAAGUUCACAAAAACUAUCAUUGAUAAGCUGAAUAGUUUUGCGUUGUUUCUUUAAAACGAGAGAUUCUACUUGUACUUUAUAACAUACCUCAAAGAAAUUGACCAAAGUUGCUUUAUAAAAUAUGUAUGCUUGCAGAAUUCAAUUAGCAAAACUUGAGCCUGUUAUGUAAGUUAAGUUUUAAUAAAACAUAAAAA